CUAUCCAUGCUGGAAAGAGGCUGCCGGCGUGGCCCACGGCCGGGCUGUGACCAAGAUGAGUUCCUCCUCGCUGCUGGAGGGCAGCUCCAUCGAGCCGCCGGUGCUGUUGAGCGACAUCAAGACGGAGCCGCCUGAGGAGCUCCUGGCCAGCGAUGGCAACCAGCCCCAGGCCGAGCCGGUGGACCUCUCCCUCAACAAGCCCAAGGCCUCCCUGUUGCCUCCCGCCUCCUCCUCCUCGUCCUCCUCCGCCUCCUCCUCGUCCUCCUCGCUGCCUUCCUCCGUCCGCUCCUCGCCCAAGCUGGCCACCCCGCCCGUCCAGGCCCCCGUGGUCUCCCUGUCGCCCACGGGGCUGGGCUCCUCUUCGGCCAUCCCGGCGGUGCUCUCCCCGGGCUCCAUCCUCGCCUCCACCCAGGGCAGCGGCGGGCAGCAGAUCCUCCACGUCAUCCACACCAUCCCCUCCGUCAACCUGCCCAGCAAGAUGGGCAGCCUCCAGACCAUCCCGGUGGUGGUGCAGUCCCUGCCAGUGGUGUACACGACCAUGCCCAGCGAUGGGGUCACGGCUGCGAUCACUGUGCCCCUCAUUGGGGGCGACGGCAAGAACGCUGGUUCUGUGAAAGUUGACCCCAGUUCCAUGUGUCCCGUUGAGGUGAACAGCGACAGCGAGACCAGUGCCUCGGAAAGCGGUCAGCCCUCCUUGUCCGACCUCCAGAGAGAGUCCUCGGCGGCCGGACGGAUGCAAUGGGCAGAGUCUCCUGACCUCAAGAAGAGGCGGAUCCACCAGUGUGACUUUGAGGGUUGCAACAAAGUCUACACUAAGAGCUCCCACCUGAAAGCCCAUCGGCGGAUACACACCGGAGAGAAGCCCUACAAGUGCACCUGGGAAGGCUGUCCCUGGAAGUUUGCUCGCUCGGACGAGCUGACCCGGCAUUUCCGGAAGCACACCGGCAUCAAGCCGUUCCGCUGUUCGGACUGUGACCGCAGCUUCUCGCGCUCCGACCACCUGGCUCUGCAUCGCCGGAGGCACAUCAUGAUGUGAGGGGGGGUGUUUGAGCCUGCCCCCUCCGAUCGGGCCACCAAGGGAAGAGGGAGCGGCUUCCUACAGUGGCGGCCUGAUCCUCGCCUGAUUCUUGCCUCUGCUGCGGACACGGCCGGCCGGCGCCAGCCACCCUGCAGCCUCUUCCUCCAUCCUGGUCCUUGCCCUUCUCAGACUGAGCCACGACCUCGUUUGGCCUCCCAGCAGCCUGCUUUCUGCCCACCGGCUGAGAAGGAGCUGUUUCCGGGGAAAGGCAGUGUUGGGAGGUGCGUUCGCACGUACUGGAGUUGCAGGCCUGUGGAAUCCUUGUACAGAAGGGGCAAAGCCUCGCUGGCAGGAAUGGACGUGCUUUGGUUGGGGGGGCGCUCGCUGCCUGCUUCAGUAGGGGUCCGUGCCAAGAAAGGGGGGAGGCAAAAGGUGGCCCCCUUCUUUCUGUUGGGUGGAAUAAAGUGCAGCCCAGUGAGGAGGAGCCUUGCCAACCCCCCCAGGCCCCUUGGUCCUCGAGGCUGGUGUGGAGUCUUGAGUUCUUAAGGAGGGGGGCCCUGGGAAGUGCACAAAAACCAGAACCCCCCCCCAAACCAGGAAUCACUGGGGAAGAAACAGGACUCAGAAUAGACUGGUUUUUAAUGAACGUUUUUAACGAGCACUGAAGCAAAGUCUAUAUUUGAAAUCUGACUUGGAACCCUCGGUUUGAUCUUCACAUGUUCAGAACUGGAUGUGUUUGGCAUGAUUCCUCUGUGGAUUUUGAGGUGAGCUUUAGAGCUUCUUGAAGUCUGGACUUUAUACUUCAGCCUCCCCUGAAACCGAUGACCUCAAGAGACUGAUUUCAUGGAUUUUUUUUGGUGAAAAUUUUUGUUCCACCGUUAUUUUCUUUUUGAGUUCUGAAAAUUGUUCAUCUUUGGGAACUCUGUGUGUGUGUGUGUGUGUGUGUGUGUGUGUGUGUGUGUGUGUGAGUGAGUGAGUGAGUGUUGGAAGCUUCUCACGUGGUCUGAUCUGUGGACGGCAGCUGAUUCCAUCUCGGGCGUUGGACUGCUCCAUAUCUUUCCCACGGGGUCACAGGCACCCAGGAGUGAUUUACCCAAGAGGGAAUAUGGUUGUGCUGAUUGGAAGACUGCAGAGGAGGGGGGGGGGACAGAGAAUUCUUGGGGAGCAGGGAAAGGGAAAACAUCCACAGAAUGCAAGUGCAGAGUUUCUUGAAUUUGUCUCCCUGUUUGGGACUGAGAACAGAAAUGAGUUUUUGCAACACAGUCCGCUGGACAUGAAUGAGUGUGUGUGAGGGUGUGUGUGUGUGUGUGUGUGUGUGUGUGUGUGUGUGUGUGUGU